UUCUUCCCGGGAUUGAAUGUUAAGUUGUUUGUCCGUUUCGGGCUGCCGUCCUGCAGAUCCGCCAUAUUGUCUACUGAAGCUGCCGCCGAAGCUGCCGCCGCUGCCGCCGCUGCCGCCGCCAAGUAGGAGCGAGCGGAGCCGCGAUGGGAAAACUUGGCCACCUGACCAACAGAUAAAAGUUGCCAGUAUUAAUAAGCUAAUGCAUAAUAAAGAGACCAUGGCGAGCCCAGGGAAAGACAAUUAUCGAAUGAAGAGCUAUAAGAACAAUGCCCUAAACCCUGAGGAAAUGAGGCGAAGAAGAGAGGAGGAGGGCAUUCAGCUCCGGAAGCAGAAACGGGAGCAACAACUUUUUAAACGGAGAAAUGUGGAGCUGAUUAAUGAAGAAGCCUCCAUGUUCGAUAGUCUCCUCAUGGACUCCUAUGUGAGCUCUACCACUGGGGAGAGCGUGAUCACAAGAGAGAUGGUGGAGAUGCUCUUUUCUGACGAUUCUGACCUGCAGUUAGCAACCACACAGAAAUUCCGGAAACUGCUCUCCAAAGAACCUAGUCCUCCAAUAGAUGAAGUUAUCAAUACUCCAGGAGUGGUGGAUCGGUUUGUGGAGUUUCUGAAGAGGAAUGAGAAUUGUACAUUACAGUUUGAAGCUGCCUGGGCUCUAACGAACAUUGCCUCUGGAACCUCUCAGCAGACCAAAAUUGUCAUUGAAGCAGGGGCUGUCCCCAUUUUUAUAGAGCUGCUUAACUCGGACUUUGAGGAUGUACAGGAACAGGCAGUCUGGGCACUGGGAAACAUAGCUGGAGACAGCUCCGUUUGCCGAGAUUACGUCUUGAACUGUUCCAUCCUUAAUCCUUUGCUAACGCUGCUUACCAAGUCCACACGACUGACAAUGACACGGAAUGCAGUCUGGGCCCUGUCAAACCUGUGCCGAGGCAAGAACCCACCCCCAGAGUUUGCAAAGGUCUCCCCCUGUUUGCCUGUGCUGUCUCGCCUACUCUUCAGCAGUGACUCAGACUUGCUGGCAGAUGCUUGCUGGGCCCUUUCUUAUCUGUCUGAUGGCCCCAAUGAGAAGAUCCAGGCAGUCAUAGACUCUGGAGUCUGCCGGAGAUUGGUCGAGCUUCUAAUGCACAACGAUAACAAAGUGGCUUCUCCUGCUCUGAGAGCUGUGGGUAACAUCGUCACCGGGGAUGACAUCCAGACCCAGGUCAUUCUUAACUGUUCAGCCCUCCCUUGCCUCCUCCACUUGCUGAGCAGCUCUAAGGAGUCAAUCCGAAAGGAAGCUUGUUGGACCAUUUCAAAUAUCACUGCUGGCAACAGGGCUCAGAUACAGGCUGUCAUAGAUGCAAAUAUCUUCCCUGUGUUGAUUGAAAUCCUUCAGAAAGCAGAGUUCCGUACAAGGAAAGAGGCAGCCUGGGCCAUCACCAAUGCCACAUCAGGAGGAACCCCUGAACAAAUCAGGUACCUGGUCUCCUUGGGCUGCAUCAAACCCCUGUGCGACUUGCUGACUGUGAUGGAUUCAAAGAUUGUGCAAGUCGCCCUCAAUGGACUGGAGAACAUCCUUCGGCUUGGAGAGCAAGAGGGCAAGCGCAGUGGCUCAGGGGUCAAUCCCUACUGUGGCCUCAUCGAGGAAGCCUAUGGCUUGGAUAAAAUUGAGUUUCUCCAGAGCCAUGAGAACCAAGAGAUCUACCAGAAGGCCUUUGACCUCAUUGAGCACUACUUUGGCGUAGAAGAUGAUGAUAGCAGCCUGGCUCCCCAAGUGGAUGAAACGCAACAGCAGUUUAUCUUCCAGCAGCCUGAGGCCCCCAUGGAGGGCUUCCAGCUAUAAUGUCUGCCUCCGGGGAGGGGAGGGGAUGGGAAGCACCACCAACCAGCGGAAAAGCAGCCCUCUGGUGGGCGGGAAACCAGCCCCCCGACCAUCAGCCACCACACACCUCUGCUGCCCUGGAAACUGUGCUCUUGACCUGCUCCGCCCCCUUCCCUGGAGGGAGCACCCUCUGGACAGACAGAACCAUCUGAGGCUCACAUUUGGGUUUUGUGACAAGAAGGGGACGUGUUGGGUUUUUCUUCCUUACACUAGAUUUUGGCUGCACAUAUGUCUUUAACCCAGGAGCCCAGGGGUAGACAAAGGAGGACUGAGGUAAUCAAUUUUGCACCUUUUUUAUUUUUAUUUUUAUUUUUUUUUCUUUAGUGGUGACUUCCUUCCGUUUUAUCUUCCUUCAUCCUUCCCAGUCCUCUCCCCUGAUCUCUGUAACUCUUAUCUUGGGUACUUGAGCAGAUGGAAUAUUCCACAGGUCGGGGGUGGGAGGGGAGGGGAGAAAUCCAAAACAAAGUGUUCUUGCUCUGACAGAAUAUUAAUCUUGUAUGCUUGGAUUGCGUUAUUUAAUUUUUUUUUCUUUUGCACAUUUUUCUUGUAUUACGAUUGCUCUUUCCCAGAGCCAUGAGUUCCUGGUUUUAGGAAUCCCAGCUGCCAGCAUUGUCUGGGACUAGAGGCUGAGGGGGAGGUCACCAUGAGACAAAGGCCCCUCCCUCCCUUUAACCCCUUGCCCAGACCUCUUUAGUUUGGGAGAUCCCCUUCACUCUCCUGGGGCAUGUACACCAGUGGGAGUGAGGGGAGAGGAACACAGGCCUUCAGACGGGGCUUCCCAUGUGUCGCUACUGAUCCCAUGUUUCCUACCCACCUUCCAAUGGUGCGACCCAACUUCAUUUGUUUACUUGAAAAUUCCCCUCAGAGUUGAGAUGAACCUCUGAGGUAGCUGUAUUUUCUCCUAAGCACGUGAUAGAGGGCUGUGGUCCUUCCUUUCUCCUGAGGAGAAAGUCCUUGCUCUGGUGACCCAUAAGUUGCAGAGGAGGUUGGAGUGAGAGUGUCAUGUAUUGGGAUAGCCAGUGGAUCCCUGCCUUUGGCCUUUCUUCUUCUUCUUCCUCUUCCGUAGUUGGAUCAUGUAUAUUUUACUUCCAAAGGAGAGAAUGUCAAAAAGUUCUGUAUUUUUUUAUAUUCUAUAUAUUACAUAGGUCAACCUUAAUUGGUCUCAAGAGGAAGAACUGUCUCUGUAAUUUCUGUGAGUAGGAUACUGUGAGGAAGACCGAAAAGAGAUGUGGAAGCUCUUUUGCUCAGGAAGCCUGACCUUGAUCCUUCUCUCUGCUUGGGUUCCAGGCCACCACCAGGGACCAACCCUUAGCUCUGGAACCUUUAUAUAGCAGGGCAGCCUGGUCUGAUUGUCCUGGUACCUGAAUGGAGCAAGGAUGGCCCCAGGGCCCAGUGAAGUCUACCAAUCUACUCCUUACCACUGAGCAUCCUGCUUACAUCAGGAAACACAGAAAGCAGUCUGCCUCCUCAGAUUCAGUCUCAAAUGCCCGUGUCCACAUAAGUUAUCACAGAUGGCUGCCGUGUCUCCUAUCCAAGAAAUUUAGCAGCCUCAGGACUUUUUUUGAGAGUGAUUGAUGUCUUCCCUGAUUGGGAUCCUUGUACAUGGUUUGGAUUUUACCCUUCCUGUGACAAAUAUAAUCCUAAUGCCUUUUCUUUCCCCUUUGAGUAGAGCUACUGCAGUGCCUCAAUGGCUUGCCUGUGUGCUUCAAUGGAUUACAUGUGAUAGUAAAGCCCAGGUGUUGGGGGUGGCGUGGAGGAAGUUGUUGGCUAAGUGUAGGCUGGUGGUGGAGCUGAAGGCACCAUCUGCCCUGUCCCUGCUUCCCCACAGAGGUCUGGCAGAGGCGCCCUGCUCCAAACUGUGUUUUCCCUUCCCCAGAAACAAUGCCAUUCUUGCUCCCAUUCCUACACAUCCCCCUCUGGCUCAGGUGAAAUCCAUGCCACUCUGCUUACAGAUAAAACGUUCAGUUGUUUUUGGCCACUGGUCUUGAACUUGCCCUCUCUUUCCAGUGUUGAGAUCCAACUCCAGAGGCAUCUUCUGAAGGUGGUUGGGGCUGGUGGCUAUCACUGAAAAGUGACACCAGUGCUGUACCACCUAAGUGAGUCAUACGCUGCUCUGCGGGUUUGGCACGAUAACUACCAACCCCACUCUCCCAGCUCGGCAAGGCGCAGGACCCUCUUCACUUGGCCUGCUGACUCCAUUACAAAACCAUUUUCCUACAGUUCAAAAGAAAGCCACCCCCCACCCCUUGUCCUUGUCCAAAGGGCAGAGCAUUUUAUUAUAAUAAGAUCUACUUUGUACAUCUCUAGCAAUAAUUAAGUCCCUGACAUUGGGGCCAAAUUCUUACUGAGACAUACACAUCCCGCCUUCCCCAGCUGUUCCUCCCAAAUCUACUUUUGCUUCAGAUCUGGGCCAUGCACCAAAGAGAAGACUCUUGAUCGUGGGCUACUGCUCAAAGCCUGUUUUCUACAAGGACUCCAAGGGCUGAAGUCUCCCAGGGCACAUGAAGACAAAUUUCUCUUCAGAUAAACAUGGCCUCUAGGAGCUUUCCUUUGUUAGUGUCUUCCUCAGACCCAUGCUUUCCCAUUGUAUUCCUCUGACCCCCUUUUCAGUCAACAGGUGAAGUUCUUCCAGCCCACAGAGGCAGUAACAUCAUCUUUUGUGUCUCCUCCUCUCCUUUAGCCAUCUUGGGAAGCAAAAUAUUUCUUUUUAGCCCAGGCUUGACAGCCACUCUUCGUGGGCAGUCCCCAUCUGGACUCCAGACCCUGGCCUAGGUGAAGUCAGAGCUUUCUGACAGAUUUCUGAAUGGAUGUUACAGGGAUGGAGGGGCUCCCCAACCUGCUGCAGGGAGUAGCCUGAGAAGACUUGUGUUUGGAAUCUUAAUACUUUGGCACAUAGCUAUGUCCAUUUUAAGAUCUCUGGUGGGUUAGAAAUACUUAGGUGUGGAUUAAGGGGACAAGGAGCCUUUUUCUUAGCUAAAGUGUUCAAAAUACUGUUUUGAACAGUGCCAGCUAUUCUUUAUUGCCAGCCCUUCUGGGCAUCCCACCCCCAUGUCAUCUUCUCUAGUAUUAACCGGCUCUCUGGUCUUAGAAGCCUGCCUUCAGUUCUGAGUUAUCCCUGCUGACUGGCCACGGUAUUGGCUGCAACCUUCUGUUAGAACCACAUAGGUUCCACCCUCACCUGGCCAGCCUGGUUACUUGAGGCAGAGGGUACAAAAGACCCUUCCAAGUAACAGGUGUUGAUGACUUCAGCUUUCAGGGACCCUUUGUGUUCCUCCUUACCUAGAACCUUUAGAUCUACUCCUGUUUUCUUUUCCCUGGAAGCCUGUUUCCAAGAGCCCUAUUUAGAGCUGAACUGCACAGAUUAUAGCUGCUACCACACUUAAG